AAUUUAUGUCAGAGAUUUUACUGAUAUUUUACCAAUAUUCAUUAGGAACCUUCACAAAAUGGUUGACAAAAAAUAACUUUUUAUUAAAACAACCUAGACUGGCUAUAUUUCUAUUCUGCUUGGGUUUAUGAGGACUCUUAUUGAAACAAGUCACACCGAGCUCAAAUCACAUUAACCAUGUGAACAUUAACGCAAGACCUUUAAAAUCCUACAUAAUCAAACCAGGAAAACACCUGAUAUAUAUUCCUGUCUUUUGAUGAGGAAAUAAAGAAAUAAAAUGUUGCGUGUUUCCGGAGUUGCGGGCUUGAGUCACCCAGGAUCAGAGCCCGCACAUGUCACGCAAACGUACAUUUAUGUAUUUAGGUUAUUUCUGUAUUUAGGUUGCUGACAGUACCUAACAGACCCACCGUCGAAUGGGAGCGUGGCUUAGCUACAGUGCCGCGUUGUGAUUGGUCAAAUUGGUAGCAGAGGGGCGGGGCUGUGAGAUUACAGCCGCAGCUCUCUCCGCAGAUCCAACGACAUCUGGAGCAGCCCUCCCCGGGAAGCGGAGCAUCACACACCGAGACCCCGCACUGAGCUGCACCGGGCUUCGCUGUCUGCUGCCGCUGGAAACGCAGCCGGGAUCCAGUACUGGUGUUUCCGGGCUGGUGCCGCACCGGGAGGUUGCUGCGCUCCGGACCAUCUUUCUCUUUAAAACACGGAAAUACGACUAAAUCUCGGGAGGAAGGUGAUGGACUGAACUGAUCCGAUAUCUGAGAGGGUUUAGGCCCGAUGGACGCUGCGACACAUCUGGACCUGAUGCUUCUGGAUCCCGGCUGCUGCUGCGGUCUGGAAUAAAAGCCGCGUCGUCUCCAGGGAUUUUUUUCUGAUUUGGUCUUUCUCUCUCGGUCCCGAGUGAGAGUUUGAGGGAGCAGGCGUAUCCUCCUGCUGGUCUGGAUUAAAGCCCAUCAGGAUCACGAAUCAUCCCCCUUCUAUUCCUCUAAUCUUGGUUUUACCGAGCUGGAUUUAAAUCUGAGAUCUGAUCUGGAUUACUGUGCUUCUGGUUCUGAUCUGUUACAUCUGACCCGGUCUAAAUCGGCCCUGGCCCUGGUGCCAUCGUGGACUCGGUCCUGGUCCUCUUGGUCCCAGUUUGGAGGGGCACGACUGUCAUCAUGCCGACGUCCCGGCCUGGUUCGGAGCCGGUGGAGUUCUGGGUGGACGGGUCGAGGCGGGACGGUACGGUGGAGGAGUUUUACACCCUGAGCUCCGAGCUGGGCAGAGGAGCCACGUCUGUUGUGUAUCGCUGUGAAGAGAAGGAGACACAGAAACCCUACGCUAUCAAAGUCCUGAAGAAAACGAUCGACAAGAAAAUUGUUCGUACUGAAAUUGGCGUCCUGCUGCGUCUUUCCCACCCAAACAUCAUUCAGCUGAAGGAGAUUUUUGAGACGGACACUGACAUUACUCUGGUGCUGGAGCUGGUGACCGGAGGGGAGCUGUUUGACAGGAUCGUGGAGCGAGGUUACUACAGUGAGAGAGAUGCCGCUCAUGUCAUCAAACAGAUCCUGGAGGCCGUGGCGUAUUUACACGAGAACGGUGUCGUGCAUCGUGACCUCAAACCUGAGAACCUGCUGUAUGCUGACUUGUCAUUCGACGCUCCGCUCAAGAUAGCCGACUUUGGUCUUUCCAAAAUCAUCGACGAUCAGGUGACCAUGAAGACUGUCUGUGGUACUCCAGGGUACUGCGCUCCAGAGAUCCUGCGGGGAAAUGCCUACGGCCCUGAGGUGGACAUGUGGUCGGUGGGCGUCAUCCUGUACAUCCUACUCUGUGGGUUCGAGCCGUUCUUCGACCCCAGGGGGGACCAGUACAUGUACAGUCGCAUCCUCAACUGUGACUACGAGUUUGUGUCUCCAUGGUGGGACGAGGUGUCCCUCAAUGCCAAGGAUCUGGUCAGUAAGCUGAUCGUCCUGGAUCCUCACAAACGCCUCAGUGUCCGAGAGGCCCUGCAGCACCCCUGGGUGCUGGGUAAGGCCGCCCGCUUCUCCCACAUGGACACCACCCAGAGGAAACUACAGGAGUUCAAUGCUCGUCGCAAACUCAAGGCUGCCAUGAAGGCCGUCGUUGCCACCAGUCGGAUGCACGAAGGCUCAAGGCGUCGUACUGACAGCUGUGAAAUUCCAGGCUCAGGGGCUUCCAGGCAGGGCAGCAUGCAGCAGGACCCGCCUCCUGAAUCCCCAGGACCCGCCCCCGCAGACAAAGAGGCUCCGCCCCUGGAUCAGGAGCCACCACAGGAUGAGGAAUCAAAGCCUUCCGACCAAAGUGCUCUCAGCCCCUCCCCCCCAUGCAGCCCAAAACUCCCCAUCUCUGAUGUCACACCAACAGACCCCGCCCACAACAGGCCGCCGCUGCGAGCUGACAGGCUGCGACAAGCGUCUGUCCUCCCUAAAACCAUGCUGGUUCAACCCCAGCUCUCACAUAAAAGCUGCUCUUUGGUAGAGUCCACGUCCCGAUCUGAGGCCACGCCCACGUUGACCACGCCCCCGAGCCCUAGUAGUCUCAGCAAUGGCUUUGUGCCGGGGGCGGAGUCUGCCAAUAAGACCGCCCAGUGCCAGUGAUCACCUGACCAAGAGAGCAGCGAGGAUUCACUAUGCUUCAGUUUUACACAACUACAACAAAUGACAAAAAUAACAAAGUUACUUCUUUCACAAGCUCUUUACCAACAUCUGAUCAUUUACUGGGACCAAAUUACACCAGAAGCAAAAGAAUCUGUAACUAGCAUUUAAUGGGACAACAACCACAUCUUCCACUACUUUAGCUGUUAUGCUAACAGCUAAACUACUCACUGAGGUUUAGUUGGAUGUUUGCACAGCUGGACAGAUGUUCUGUAUUUCUGUGGAGCUGCCUGUUUUAAAUGGAGCCUGGAGAUUAUUCAGGAUGUGAAAAUCAAAAAGCGUUUGUUCCAUAUCAGAACUCAUCUGCUCAUGUUACUGCGGUGAGAUGUGAAGCUGCUAACAGAAAGUAACGCUCCUCAUUCUAAAUAUCAGUUACAUUUUAGUCUGCAUAAAAACGAAAUGCCUAUUCAACGCGACACUGACAGGGCCAAACAAAUCACAGAGAGGCUCGGUGAAUUGUUGACACUGGACGACCAGCUAGACUGACUUUAUGAAUGUGUAAUCAAUGUGGAAUCCUGUAACUGCUCUGAUCCUGUCAGAACUUGGGUAAAAAGCCUCAAACAUGGCAGAAAAAAAUCAGAGAAGAUGAGGAUACCAAGCUAGCAAAUUCAUAUUGUGAUUAUUCACACAUUCUGAAGUAGUCUCUAGCAUCCUAGUUAGCAGCUGUGUUUCAAGAUGUGGGGGCCAGAGCCUGUUUGAGACACAGAACAUCUACAAAUGGCCUCAUGAUUGUUACUUGUUUCGUUUCACUUUCCUGGGAGACUGGGGGCCCCGUGUAGGAGGAUUGGGCCCUUUACAUGUCUGUACCUAGGGCCCAUUGUCUCAUGAUCUGUCCAUGUUGCUGAGCUAACGUUUGCUAUGUGAGGUUUUGAGGCCUGGUCUUGCAGGACAGAGCAGAAACAGUGCUGCUUGGUGGUGUCGAGUUGUCGCACAGGAAGGAUUCAUGUGUAGCUUGAGAGCAAGGUAAGCAGAGCUGGACAGAUGUGGUCACAGUGCUGGACCAGCUCCAGAUGUGGUUUGGUCAGUCUGUACAUUUAAGGACAACACUCAGCGUCGUCAUGGUAUCAGUCCACAUUUAGACCUAAAAUGCCUGUUCGAGUUCUGAUAUGUGACAAACAGCAUCUUCUCUCCUGGGCUUCUUCUCCUCCUUCUGGUAUAGAAGCUGAAUUUUUCUUCAGACGCUCAGGACGGAGCUGAUUGAUUGUAUUUUAUUAAACACUGGUAAAAUGUUCACAUGGACUCUAAUGUGAAGGACGAGGAAUAAGAGAGCGGCUUCUUCUCUCUCUGUUUUUCCUGCGUCUUCUUCCCUGUUAGUUUCAGACCAUGUGUGUUCUGGUUUAGAGGCUUCAGACUUAAUCUUACUGGAAAACUCUGGAAAGAUUUCUGCUUCUCAAAGAGAAAAUCUGCUUUGAGGUUUUUUAUCCUUUCUACUCUUUACCGUUGACACCCUGUAUGAGUAGACAGUGUAGCGCCCAUCUUUAGCUUCAGAUAACGUCUUGUGCUCGUGAGCUUCUAGUAAAAUGUGGUGUUUGCAUUUCAUCAGCAGUUAUGACGAUCUCCUGUUGGCAUUGUACAUAGUUUGGUUUUAGACAGAUUAUUACUGACAUCUUUACCGCUCCACAAAACCAGAACCACGCUCAGUGUCCGAAUCCUUGGACAUACCAGAUCUGACCUUUGUUGAAAAUCGAACCCUUUCAUCUGAUCUGAGACCACACGUUCUACCUCUUUGUGUACAGGGGCUUCCAAAAUGAUCAGAAUGACCAAAAUGUCCCAGACCGCCCGGGAGAGAAAUAAUAAGAGGAACCAAGCCGGGCGGACCUGAUGCCACUCAAAGAUAAUAUUACUCCACAUUUAGAAGAAAACCUACAGUGGCCUGGACAGUCCAAACAGACAUGCAGGCUGAGAAAACAGAGGAAUGCUUCCUGUCAUCAGCUGGUUGCACUGCACCAGAAGCUCUGGAUCUGUUUUUAUCAAGUGUCUCAUAGCAAAAAAUCACUACGGUCAGUUUUAAUCCCCCAUUAA